AUGACCCGACGGUUGUACACUGAAUUUAUCGAUCCUCUUGGUAUUGAGGCAAUUUUAGCGAAUCGACUCAUCCCCCUGGACAAAGGAGAGGGCGCUGUCCGGCCGAUCGGUUUCGGAGAAGUUAUACGGAGGAUAAUGGGAAAGUAUGUUAUGCACGUGACAAAGCCCGAUGUCAUUGAAGCAAGUGAUUCUCUUCAAGUUUGUGCAGGGCACAAAAGCGGAAGUGUAGCUGCAAUUCAUGUAAUGCGCAGUAUCUUCGAUGCGGAUGAAACGGAUGCUGUUCUGUUAAUCGAUGCAUCAAACGCCUUUAACGCCCUGAACAGAGCUGCAGCACUACAUGAUAUCCGAGUGCUGUGUCCAACCCUGGCUACCUACGUGAUAAACACCUAUAGACAACCUGCGCGUCUUUUCAUUAAGUCUCCAACCACUCAUAACGCGACUGCACGUUUCAAGCGCAGCAAAACAGUGUUGGUUUGCUGAUGACGCAACCGGAAGUGGUUCCCUGCAAGACGUGAUGAUAUGGUGUGAUGAACUAUCAGCGAGUGGCCCUCCGCUGGGUUACUUCCCUAAUGCCAAGAAAUGUUGGUUGAUCAUCAAACGGGAACGAGAACAGGCUGCCAGGAAGGUGUUUAGAGACACCACUGUUAACGUCACCAUAGAGGGCCACAAGCACUUAGGCGCGGCUCUAGGAUCUAGAUCGUUUCUUGAAGAAUAUGUUAGCGAGAAAGUAGACGAAUGGGUCAAUGAAGUUACUAAACUCGCAGAUUUCGCCAUAUCACAGCCUCAAGCCUACUAUGCAGCCUUCACAUUUGGUCUGCGGCACCGCUGGACAUAUUUCCUAAGAAUAUUACCGGAUAUUGCAGAAUUAUUUGAGCCACUCGAGCGCGCGAUUAAUGAUGUUCUCAUACCAGCUGUCACUGAACAUACAGCCACUAAAGUAAAGCCCGACCUCCUUGGUCUCCCUGUGCGCAUGGAAAGCCUUGGAUUUACAGAUCCUGUAGUGACCUCAUCUUCUGAAUACGAGGCUUGUUUGUUGUUUAUUGUUUAUUGUUUUGUUUGCCAAAAAUUAUACAAAUCAAAUAAAAUCUAAUUACUUAAACUCUCAUGGCGAGGAAGCCCAAGAGAAGCCACCGGGCUUAUAAGGAAUGGNGUUGUUUAUUGUUUAUUGUUUUGUUUGCCAAAAAUUAUACAAAUCAAAUAAAAUCUAAUUACUUAAACUCUCAUGGCGAGGAAGCCCAAGAGAAGCCACCGGGCUUAUAAGGAAUGGCUCCCUCAGUUAGAUAAUCAAAGGCUUCAAUCAAAGUUACUAAUCCGCUUGUGAGGCGAAUUGUUGAGCAAGAGCACUAGCCUCAAGAUGCCUCAGAAAUUCAAACACUACAACUUAGCACACAAAAACAAAGAUGAAUGUCUAAGUGAGAGGCUGGAACAAGUGAAGAACUCCCUGCCGACAAAAGCUAAGCGAGCUGUUGAGUUAGCUACAGAGAAGGGAUCAUCAAAUUGGCUGACCGUGAUUCCCCUCAAAGAGUUGGAUUACAAUCUAAAUAAGAAGGAAGUUAGAGAUGCAAUCAAACUACGGUACGACUGGGAAAUAACAGACACGCCCAUGCUCUGCGCAUGCGGUGUUCAAUUUAGCGUGGAUCACGCAAUAGUAUGUCAGCGCGGCGGCUUCAUUAUUCAGCGCCAUAAUGAACUGCGCGACUUGGAAGCAGAGAUGCUAAGGAUGGUCUGUAAUGAUGUAGAAGUAGAGCCGGUCCUUCAGGAGAUCACUGGGGAGACAUUAAAUCAUGGCGCCAACAAAGCUCCUGAUGCCCCUUUGGAUAUUCAUGCUCGAGGUUUUUGGGAGAGACAGAGAUCUGCAUUCUUCGACGUCCGGGUGUGUCACCCUAAUGCAGACUCUUACAAAGACUUGACUCCUAAACAGAUCUGCAAGAAGCAUAAGAACGAGAAGAAGAGGCAGUAUGCGGAAAGAGUAAUGGAGAUAGAGGAGGGAACGUUCACUCCCCUAGUUUUCACGACCACAGGUGGAAUGGCGGAUGAGUGUGUCAGGUACCACAGCAGACUUGCGGAGCUGAUCGCAAAUAAGAAGGGAGAAAGUUACUCAAGCGCAAUUUCCUCGAUAAGAGCUAAAGUAUCGUUCCCCAUCGUACGUUCUGCGAUACUAUACUUGAGAGGCUCAAGAUCCAGAAGAAGACAGCUAGACUUUGUUUACUCAGACCUACAGACUGAUAAUGUUAGAGCCUGCCCGAAUUAA